CUCGGCGUGCACCUUGACCACUGGGAAAGAUAUCAAACCGGACUUCACUAGGAUUUCUAAACGACAGAAGAGCAAGAUGACAGCAUGCAGGAACUUUCUUCUAUUAUUCGCCUCGUCUUUGGACGUGAUUUAUCAAUGCACAGGAAUAUCAUGGCUCGGUUUAACGGCAGACGGCAGCUCGGUGGGGUGGAAUCAGACGCAUCACUGUAAACUGCUGGAUGGGCUCGUGCCAGAUCAGCUGCAGCUCUGCAAGCGGAACCUCGAGCUCAUGCACAGCAUCGUGCACGCGGCCAGACUCACCAAGAGCGCGUGCCGGAGCUCCUUCAGCGACAUGCGCUGGAACUGCUCCUCCAUCGAGAGCGCGCCUCACUUCACCCCGGACCUGGCUAAAGGGACCCGCGAGGCAGCGUUUGUGUUCUCCCUGGCCGCUGCAUUGGCCAGUCAUUCCAUCGCCCGUGCCUGUGCUUCCGGAGAGCUCCCCAGCUGUUCCUGUGCGCCAGCGCCCUCAGAGCAGGCGGCCCCAGACUUCCGCUGGGGUGGCUGCGGAGAUAAUGUUCGCUACGGCCUGCAGAUGGGCUCGGCUUUCUCAGACGCACCCAUGAGGAACCGCCGCUCAGGACCACAGGCCUUCAGACUCAUACAGCUUCACAACAAUGCAGUGGGAAGACAGGCACUCAUGGAUGCUCUAGAGAUGAAGUGCAAAUGCCACGGUGUUUCUGGCUCCUGCUCUGUGAAGACCUGCUGGAAGGGCCUUCAAGACAUCAACAGCAUCUCAGCCGACCUCAAGUCUAAAUACCUGUCGGCCACCAAGGUCAUUCCGCGCCAGAUUGGCACCCGCCGACAGCUAGUCCCCCGUGAGAUGGAGGUCAGACCGGUCGGAGAGAAUGAACUUGUUUAUCUGGUCAGCUCGCCCGAUUACUGCUCACAGAACGCCAAGCAGGGGUCAUUCGGAACCACAGACAGGCAGUGUAACAAGACUGCGACCGGCAGUGAGAGCUGUGGACUCAUGUGUUGUGGACGAGGGUAUAAUGCCUAUACGGAGGUGCUGGUGGAGCGCUGCCAGUGUAAAUAUCACUGGUGCUGUUACGUGUCCUGCAAAACCUGCCAUCGCACUAUUGAGAGAUACGUCUGCAAGUGACAAACCACCCUAUGGACUGUCUUCAUUGACAGAGAGUGCUGGAUGAAUGUGUAUGAUCUUUUUAGAGCCAUAAGUGAGUGGUUAAUCCUCUCGGAGUGCUGUAAGGAUUGCAUGAAAUUGGAGAAAGAAGAGCCGGAGUUGAAGAAUACGGGAUGGUGAAAGAGUUAAUGAAUGGCUGUAAACAAAGAACCCUGCAGUGAGGCCCUCAAGGCACCCCGCAGAAAAGCAGAGUGAUAAGUAGUGGCCGCUCACAGCAAAACUCAUCAACUCUGGCACAGAGAAAAAGACUUGGGGGGGAGGGUAGGACUGUGCUGGUGAAGAGUUACUUUACUGCGGUAAUGCUUUACACAUUGCUGUUUUGGGGCCAGUUACAUAAAAGGUUUAGACUUACAAGUUAGUCAUCUCAUUUUUUUCGUUAAGACUAACUUUUUUUUUUUAUUCAGUUACAUAAAAGCGUAGAUUAGUCUAAGUUGAAUCCAAAAAUAAGACUGAUUUCCCUUUGGCUAACUGCUAGUUGGUCAAACUCGUACUUAAGACACUACAGAAGCUAAGUUUAUGCAAUUGGCCCUUGGUCAGAUCAAUUUAAUAGGUUCCACAGAAGCAAGAGUUGGAAAUCAAACUGUUUGGUUUGGUUGACUUCCGAAGUUCUAUGCACUCAGU